UGCUGACUAAAUAAUAAAUUUCACUCAAAUGUAAACAAUAAUGCAUCAUAUGUAUAAAAUUUUUACUCGCAAAAUAAUAUUAGUGACACACACGAAAAUUUUUAUUUUGCUGCUUCCAAAUGUCACUCGAGAUUUAAAAUUCAGAGGCUCAUUCAUUUUUUAAUAUGCACAACUAUGACGUAUUACUCUGCGGCACCAAGCGAGAAAGCCAUCUUCACAUUAAAAUGAUCUCACACACACACACACACACACACACACACAUUUCUUACAAGAUAUAAUGCGAAUUUUAAUUUUUUGUUUUGUUUAAUAGUUUAAUUAUUUAUUACAUUCACUUUUCAAAGAUGACUAACUUUAAUAGUUCGAAAUAUUUGACUUUAUUUGUGUGUGUGCGUAUAGGUUUUUAGUUUUCUUCUUUAUAAUAAGGCGAUAAUUUAGCGAUGACUUGUUAAUCUUUGACGUAUUGUAUCGAUAUUUAAAAUUGUAUAUAUUUUUGAUAAUGAAAAUAUGACAUCUAUUUGUAAAAUAAUGGGAAAGUAUAGAAGUUAUUAAUCCAAAGAAGAGAAGAGACACGUCUUCACUGGGCUGCUUGUAACCAUAACAAUUACCAUGCCCGUAAUAAAUUGUUAGUAGUCAAGGAUCUCAAGCAGCGACUUUCUCUCUCUCUCUUUCUCUCUCUCUCUCUCUCUCUCUCUUUCCAACGAGAGAGAUGCAUCCGCGCGCGAUAAAAUUCAUCUCCGGGACGCCACUGUCGCGCGGUCUCGCAAGCUCGCAACGUGGAAAACGAAGACGGUCAUCAUUUCUGGAGUGUCUGGGAGUGACAGCUGUUUUAGGAUAACCGGGCUGCGAGAAAUACAAUAAUACGAAACCGACAUUCGCCGUAACGAAUAGCCCCGAGUGCACCGCAAUAUCGUAACAAGGUUACACCAUAACGGAUAACAACCGGAAAUAUAUCUGGAAAUACGGAAAAUUGCGUAGACAUGGCGGCGUGUAUAUGAACCAGUGCAGUCGUUGGAAUAGUUAAAUAACAAGUUUUGAUAAGCUUUUGCACACAGACAGGAUAGGUGUGAAUACCUCACGUGGUACACGCAAACGAAUCGGCACCGUCAGCUAAAUUUAAUUACUCUGCCUUUUCUAAACAAAUCCCGAAAUUGUCCUCUAUAUAAUUACUUAUUUUUUAUAAUUUAAAAAGUAAAUUAUAAGUUAAAAAGUAAAACAUAUUAACUAAUGCACAACUCCCUUCCAUCGCAAUUUUUUAAUAAAAAUAUUUUUUAAUAAUAUUCCGCAAUUUAGGAAAAUCCAUUUGGACUUUUAAGUUGAUAGUAUACUGCGACUAUAUAGUACGAUCGUAAGGCUAACAAAUUUCCCUAAUUCCUCAUUUAGAUGCGGAAACCGAAAUGGGAUUCGGCGAAUCCUAAAAAGAUCGAAAAGGGUAUUUUCAAUCUUUUUUCGCUUUCGACGUUUUGUUUUGUUUUUUUUUUUUUUAUUCGUCACUCCGCAUCGUCUACGAAACUUUCAUUAGCGUAGGAUUUUGUCAGGAUUUUUGAGCGCUGUCGGAAAAUGCCGAUACGGCGCGGCCGCAUGGUUGCGUGGCGCACGAGAGAGAUUUCAUUAUCAGAGAUAUCUUGCGCACGAGUUUAUCAAAUGCCAUACACUCUCGAGUCCGCUUCGCUUUUAGUGACGGGCCGCGUCUCUCAAAAAUAUCGCCGUGUCAGAUUUCCCCUUCGACAUCGAUACGAUCGAAAAUCCGAUCUCCCGGAUCCCGUCGUAUUUGUAAUCGAACGCGUUUCUUUAAUCGCGAGCUCUCGGGGGAAGGCACAAUGGCAAAUUGAGGCAAAUGCGAUCGACGAUACCGAAAGUACCGGGCAAGAAAGCAGCUUAGCGACUUCGCUCACGUAACAUUGUUUUUUACUCUCCACCCCGUUGUUGCUUUCCGGUUCCUUGCUUGUCAUUUAGUUAAAACUUAAGAGCUGAUUUAUGUACCUCCUUUGUAACGCGGCAAAGAAUCUAAAAACUUUAAUCUUAAUACUCCACUGCUAAAAGCUGCCAGGGGCUGUGUACCUACACACAUUUAGGACCGAAACUUCUAGAUUUUGUUUUGUUAACCUUUAUGUUGAACACGCGAAUAAUUAAAUACAAGGAUAAGUAUAAAAGUUAAAUAUUUUCAAGCUUUCUUCUCAAGAGGCCACGUACACGUAGGCGAGAUUCAACUUAGCGAAUGUUUCAUGGAAGAAUGAAAAGUCAUAAAAGUGUUUAUUGUAGAAAUCAUACUUUUUUCCAUUUGACAUUUAAAUUUGAUUUAAAUAUAUAUAAAAUAACAUCGCCAUUUUAAUUAUGUUUUUAAAUCUUGUGAUCAUCGUAUCUUAAAAACAACUCGAUUGAUUAAUUUGCAAUUUUACACACUUUUUCUACUAAAAAGUAGUAUUUAACGCAAAAUUUUUUUACGAUACUUAGUUUUUAUCGCAGCCAAAAAACAUGCAAAAUUUAUGAGGAAAAAACCGCUGUUGACUUUGACCAGCUAGAUCAGUUUUUGUUUAAAUGUAAUAUUUCGAAAAACAGCCACGCCAAGCACUAGAUUUAUGUUCGUUAUGUUUAUACAUGAUUUAUGUAACUUUUUAUAAAGCUAGUGCCAUUUUACUCUCUAAUGAAUCCUAUGGGUGGUCACCGUAACCCACGCACCGACGUUGUAAACAACGUCCAUAAAAUAACGCGAUUUAGAAGAAUUUAAAUAGUGUGACGCUUUUAAAUUAUUGUUUAAUAAAAUUUAAAUGUCAAGUAGAAGAUACGAUCUUCACGAUCUUCACGUUCAUUGUUUUCACAAAAAAUUAACAACGUUAGGUUUUUUACCCUCUUAAAUGUACAGAGCGACAACAUGUAAAUGCAAAAAAAGUGGAACACAUCGGAUUGAUCGCAAUAUGUACAAUAAAGCGGUUAAAAUAUUAACAGCGCAUCGAUAUAAACGGUGAAAACUCUCAAUUAUCGUUCUCGUGACGUUCGGGCCAACAACGGUGAAAAAAAAUUGGUCGGUCUAACAGCUGUGGGAAAAAAUGACUCGGUCAUCGUGAAGAGCCAGUGUUCCAAUUAUUCCAUUCUCAUCUCUCGUGGAAGUGCGAUUGACAUUCCAGAAGAGCACCCUGAACCGCCAUCGUCACCGCCACCGCCCAUAUCUGUGAGUCACUCUAACGCGAAUCGCCGGUCAAACUUACCCCCGGACGAGUGGGUGUCGAUGUAACUGUCGAGCGCAAGACAAAGUGGAGUGCUACGGAGGUAGGCAGGCGGUAAACGAAAGGCAUGGGACAGAAAGGACGACGAGGGGGGAGAAAGAGAGAGAGAGAGAGAGAGAGAGAGAGCUGAGAUAGCGAGAAGGUAGAUGGCGAAAUGGAGAGAAGGCAGCUAUCGCUUUCUCGUCGUGUUUUGAGGGGUUAAGGGGAUCUAGGAUCUCCCAAGCAGGAGUGCGGUUACGUGGAUCAUCCAUGCGCUCAGCACUGCUUUUUCGUCCCCUGCCUCCCCAGAUCUUCUGUUACGUACGUACAGCGGAAAACUGGGGCGGAGAAAAACAACCGAGGGACGAGGAGGAUAAGUGGGAAAAGGCGCGGCGAAAAGGAGGAAAAAGAAGACGCGGGAUGAGAAAUGUGUAAUUUAACCCCUUCGCGCACUCACGGACGAGUUAUCGCGCGAGCGGCCCGGCCUCCGCUUUAAAUUUAUGAAGUUUUAUAAAUCUCUGCUUUUUUUAUUAGCAAAUAUAUACAGUAAGAUAAUUUUGUUUCCUUUUUUACAGAGGGACCUACCUUCGGAAGAAUCGUUCUCGUUCCGCCACGUCGCACAGAAACGUGCACAUAGGGAUGAUAAUAAAAUGAUAAUAAAAUUUUAAAAUGAGGAUGACGAAUAAAAUAAUAAAAUGGUCUGCAUAAAAAUAUUAUAUAAUUAGAUAUGUAAUAAUUGCUUCCGCUUUUUCACGUUUAAAGACUUUAACUCGUUCAUUGUUGAAUUGCAAAAGGCGGGAUCCGUUAGUAUACCAUAAAUCCAGUUGUGAAAAGAAAGAAAGGAAGCGUGGCUGCAAAAUCGCUUUCACUGUUAAUUAGCGACAGACGUACGAAUGCCUUUAUUUCACGGCGAACAACGGGCAAAUAAAACGGUUAACGGCUGGCGGAUAAAGAUCCGGUAAUUCGUUAAUUGGUUACUUGGACAAGUGCAGCUGAAGGGAUUAUUCAACUCUAUUAAAGUACGCGCAAUGAUCUAAUCUUAAGGUGUGACCGUAGACUUAUUUUUUGUCACUCGUUUUAAUUCUUCUCAAAUAUUAUAACGAAACACGUUCCAGAAUUAUAGUUACACUUACAUUAAAUGAAUCUUUCCAUAAUGUUCACAGACGCUUUGUGUUUAAAUUUUAUAUUAAUUUUAUAAACAAUAAUAAAAGCUAAACUAACCACAUAAAUUGAAUCACAGUCGCUGUUAUUUUUGUUAAUAACUAUAUAAUUUUUCAUUUAUUGACAAAAAUGCUUAUUUUACAAUGUAAAAUAGGACAAACAUUCUCUAUAAAUAUGAACUAAUAAUUUAAUAUUUUUUUAUUAAAAACAUUUUUAUCAAUAAAGUUACUCUUGAAAAUAAUAAUUUACACAAACUUAUAAAAAAGUAAGAAUUAUGUAAAUUUUUUUUUUUAAUAUAUAAGAUAAAGAUGACUAAUAUAAAACAUAUGCCUAAUAUGAGACAUCUAAUUAUGUUACAAACGCAAACAUAAUCUUUUUCAUAAAUGUUAUUGCUUCCUGUUAGUAACUGAUAACCGUAAACUUUCAUGUAAGUGGUAGUCAUGUAACGUAUGUGUCUAGUUAUGUGUAUAAAGAUUCGUUUCCGUUACUUAGGAAAUUUUUUCAAUUCAUUUUUUAAAGGUUUGUAAAUAAUAUAUAAUAAUUUAGUAAUAUGUCUGUAAAUAAUAUAAUAUAUCAAUGGACAACUUCAUAUUUAACUGAUGACUCAUGUUUAACUGAUACUAAUAUCAAAUAUAAUUAUUAUAUCUUGGUAUUGUUAACUUAAAUACUUUAAACGCAAUACUUCUAGUCUAAGAAAAACAACAUUAUAACAAAUAAAAAAAACAUUUAAAUAAACAUUACAUUUUAGUGAUAAAACUUAAAUAAUCAAGCAGACUAACUAUAAAACUACGUAAAACUUUUAAGUUUUCUAGAAAGAAAAUAUAAGCUUAAAAAAAAAUUUUAUAAUAGGUAUUUUUACUUUAUUAUUAUACUUGAAUUAAAUUAGAUUAGACAAUUAUAUAAUCAUUACUUUUAUUACUUGGAUUUUUGGGUACAAUUUUUUUGUUUAACGAGGAGCACAUACUGCACUCGACAUCUUCUUUUUUUUAAGUAAAUUUAAUUUAUAUAAACACUAAAUAUGAUAUUAAAUCCGUACCAUUUCACAUAUUUUUUAUUAUACCAUUAUUUAUUCUCAAUGCAAUGUACCGUUCUAUCGCGCCCAGUCUUCAGUAGUAUGUUUCGUAAAUAUAUAUCUCGGAAGAGAGUAAAGUUCGCAACUUAUUUUCACAUUUAAACUCUUUCAAUUAAGCCGCGAUAAUUGUCGGUUGCAUACCGUGUAAUAUCUCUUUUUAUUACUUUUCCGCACCGUGUACGCGAAAGAUACUCCUCGCUGGUGGCGCAGACGGCGGCCCUGUCGCUUCUAUUUCCUCCUUUCUCAAAGCGAUAGGAAGAUAUGCGACGUUUUCCCUUUUUCUGCAAUCGCGCGUCACUUCGCAUUUCCGUUUGUCCCGUGGCGAACGAUUCUGGCAAAUCGCUCCGCGUCAAGUAAUCUCGGGAUUCCACUCGAAACCACUGAGAUUAUUCGAGGAAUGAUGUUAGGAAUGCAACCUUCUCCCCGUCAUCCUUGUUUCUACCUUGAUCUCGUUAGUCCGGCGUGAGACCUCAUGUCUCGACGAGACAGAGAUAACAAAAAAGUAAGGGAUGACACGAAGGAAGGGGACGAGAGGAAAAAGAAGGGAUCAUGGACCCUACCUAGCAAGUGCAUUCUUUUACGUACUUUUGACGCCAGCGAUAACUGCGAUGACGGAUAUAGAGCGGAGGUUCCUAUCGUAAAACCGUCAGUCUGCCAGUUAGUGUUUCCAAGAGAAAAUCUCUCUCUCUCUCUCUCUCUCUCUCUCUCUCUCUCUCUCUCUUCUCUUCUCUGGAUAAAUAUAUUUCGGGAGUUCUUUUUUCCACGUGCGUGAUUCAACGAAUUCGAUUACAGCAGUGUUUCCUUUCUUUCUUUUCCCCCCCCCAUUUUGUUUUGUAAACGCGCGCGCAUCCGUUUACUCGUUACGCCGCAGGUGUGAUCGUACGUGUGAUCGGACGAUUACAUACGUCCGAGCAUGGGUGGGUAUAUAUUUUUUUCUCCCAAUUGCCCCGGCGCUCGUUAUUAUCGGUAACUUGGAACAUCACGGAGAGACCGUGACAGACGUGUCCUCGGUUCGAGGCACUAGUGAGCAUCAGCGAUUUAAUAUACGAACCGGCACGAAGUACUUUUGCAUUCCUCUUUAAUCCCGCAAAUCCCUCGAGAUUAACCGGGACUCCGCGUCCCGCGCUUUCAUCAUUCACGGAGCUUCCAAUUUUUAUGCGAUAUUCAUAUAUUUCGCGAGAGCCACUUUUAUAAACGUUUAAGCGAGCGCGCGCCGAAUUUUUCAUCAGGCAAACGCGAUUCGUGUGAUUCUCGUGCUUAAGCUUUAUGUAUUACAGAAUAUUAAUUCCCUCUCUGCCACCCCCCGAAUCUCCCCCAGCUUUUACUCCUCCCCCACGCAAGAGAAAGACGAGAAUGAUUUGUCCAAAAUAACCGCCGUCUCGAGGCGUACCCGAUUCCUCCGCGCUAACAGGAUUCCACCGAUUUAUGCGCACGUCCAAAAAGAUGAUCGUUCGUAUCCAUUUCUGUCCUCUUCAGGAACACGCUGACGCGAAUCGAUGUCGCCCGCGAUUCUGAUACUUUCCGCUCUGUUGCUCUCCUCGAUACCGGGAGGGUCAACGGAGGACGCUCGGGGGAGGCAUUUCACUCAGAAGUUGCAACAAAAUCUCAUAGACUGGUGGGAUUUAUACAAGACGUACGAGGAGGAGGUGAGUCUCGCUUACUGUUGGACGCUCCACUUGCUCGAUACCAGACCGGCGACGAAUACAUCCGCGCCGCCGCACGCCACCGUGACGGGGGAUUGCUCGAACACCGUCGCCGAAGGAACGAAAUGCCAGCAAAAUUCAUUUCCACAAAACGGAACGACCGGUAGGGUGACGCCGUCCGAAGAAAUACGGAAGGAAGAGCGUCCGCAGGAGAAAAUUCAAACACGAAAGAAACGAACAGUGAAUACAACUGAGCGAGCUGCGCCGACUAUUCAUGCGGAAUUUAUUGAAAAUCUGAGAUGGCCGUUCUCGAUCGUGUCGAGAGUUUUGCGCGACUUGAAGCCUGCACUCGACGAUCACCAGUUUUCAUCUCUUGGGACCAGUUUGCAUGCCGUUAAUCCGACGCCUAAUUCCAAGGAUGAUGACAAAAUCGAUUCCAUAUCAGAUUUCAAAGAGAAAAUUUCACGUCUGCAGAUUUCGCCUGAAGAUGUUACCGUGUUGCGUUUAUUCACAGGUUCAAGAUUGCGCGAUUGGUACUUUCCCUAUCGACGGCAUUCGUUGUCACAAAAAAAAGUUUCGAAUGCUGACGAGAUGGCAUCCGAUGUCUGGAUGCUGCGAGAAGAUCACGGAACCGAAGAAAAUCCCGCAGGACGCCGAGCCCCUUUGAACAACGACGGAAGUUCGUCGACGCCGUCGCGUUCGCGAAGGUUCCAAGAGGAAAUAAAAGCGGAGCGUCUUUCUCGUAUGAAUGUCGUAAAAUUGAUGGAUUCAAAAGAAAAUUCAUCGCGCGAACCGACGAUAAAUCCGAAGACGUCUCAUCGGAAGCCCGAGGAAUUAUCUCCCGAUUCGCUCUUAUCGCCUCGCGAAAGAAUCGUCAAGCGAUCGCUUCUCGAGUCUCGAGGAAGUGAAGGAGAAGCUCUCGAGAGGAGCGAGCUCUUGCAAUUCAAAAUGGUCAGAGGAAGGGGUACGAAGAAGCCACGCUCUCAGCGGCCAAGAGAAAAGGAGAGCUCAAGAAACGGAAUGGACGUUUCAACGGUACAUCCGUUCUUUUUGACGAAACUCGGAAUAUUGCACCAACAAAUGCUUCUCAAAAAUUAUGAAUUUUCUUUCGACCGGUCACUUCCGCGAAGAUCGAAGCGGGAGGACCAUCCCAUUAGAACCGAGAGUAGCGCACUUUCGUUAUCUAACGGACAAUUUACCGGGACUGACUCGACAAAACAAUUGAGUCAAGAUUCCACAAUAAUUGCCUUGCAAGCUUUACAGAACCAAGAUUAUUCAGAAACCAAAGCAUCAAAAACUCAAACGUUAUCGCCCAGUGCUGAUACCCCAGAAAUAUUAAGAAGGUUGGUUCGAGUAAGCCGACGGAUCGUAGAUGUUAUGGAAACACACCAGGGUUUUAUCUGUACAAGGGACUAUUUAUGGACCAAGUUUAAAAGGUGGAUAAAGGAGAUUGAAAUCUAAACCAUGUUUAGCUGUUCUUUUUUCAAAUUUUUAUGUAUUCAAAAUUAUUAAACAAUAAAAUAGACGUAAAAGAGCUUUAAAUGAUUUUGAUAUAGGAAAAAUUAUUUUAAGUGCAUAUACAUAAGAAGAACUCUGUCGAAUAUUCUGUUGAAAUAUUUAAAAAUUUGGCUAUAUAGAUGCAAAAAAUAAUUUUGUUGGAUUAUCGAAUUAAUUAUAAAGAAUACUCAAACACAAUAAGUAAUGUAGCAUAAAAGUUUGACAUUUUAGCAAUAUAACAGAUCAAAAUUUUUAUAAAAAUUUAUAUGUUAAAAUUCUUGCAUGAUACUAAAUACAAAUCUAAUUUGCUAAAAUUGAAUUUAAAAUAACGGAAUUACUAUAGUCAAUAAAAAUAAAAUUACGUUUAAAUUCUAGAAAAUUACAUAGACUUUACCUAUUUCUUCAUUAAAACUAGAUCACUAUUAUAGAUAUACAUUUCAAAUCGCUUUAAAAAUAUAUAAAAGAAAUCACGCAGUAUA